UUUUAGAGUAUAUGCCCAAUGGGAGCCUAGACAAAUGGCUUUAUUCACAUAAUUAUUUCCUAGAUAUCUAUCAGAGGCUAGGAAUAAUGAUGGAUGUUGCGAAUGCCCUCGAGUAUUUUCAUUAUGGUCAUUCUUUUCCAGUGGUUCAUUGUGAUUUAAAGCCUGGCAACAUUCUUUUAGAUGAAAACAUGGUUGCACGUGUUGGUGACUUUGGUAUAGCUAAGCUACUGGACAAAGAUAAGGCCACUAAGCAGACAAAAACCAUGGGCACAGUUGGAUACAUGGCUCCAGAGUAUGGUUGUGCAGGAAUAGUAUCCAGCAUGGGAGAUGUAUACAGUUUUGGGAUUCUACUAAUGGAAGUAUUCUCGAGAAGGAAGCCCACAGAUGAAAUGUUCCAUGGAGACUUCAGCAUGAGGAAAUGGGUGUCUGAUUCAUUGCCUGAUGCAAUAAUGGAGAUUGUUGACUCCAAUUUACUGAUAGGAGAAGAAGGUGGGCAAGAAAUAGAGGAUUGCUUCUUGAUGGUCAUGGGAUUAACUGUAGAAUGCACAGCUGAUUUUCCAGUGGAGAGGAUUACCAUAGAAGAUGUUGCAGGAAGACUUAAGCAUACACUGCGCAAGUUCACCCACAAUACAUCUUGAUCGAGGUUCAAUUGGCAAUGCAGUAAACUAGUUUGCUUUCUUCAAAAUGGUGCUCAAUAUUUAGAUUGCUUUUAUUGAUUUCUAAUCAGGUUUAA